ACCUCUCAUACUUUGACGCAACGCGUGUGAACCUCUCCGCCAAGCAUGACCGGCGAUAGCACGUUUUCUCCGACCGACGAUGCCUUAUCACCGCACACCAACCUCGACAUCACCCUAGAAGAAGGUUCUCAAAAUAGUGAGCAACUGCUUGAGCAUGAUGAUGACCUCGAGAAUGACCAUGAAACUGAGCAAUUGUUUGAGAUUGAAGGAAAUGACCAUGAAGGCAAUGAUUUUGAGAAUGAGUGUGAGCAAUUGUUUGAGAUUGAAGGCAAUGACUUUGAAAAUGACAGGGAUGAUACAACCCUAGAUGAUGGUCAAAAUGGGUUAUUUGAAAGAAAGGACUAUCCUCCACCAGUUGUGGGGAUGGAGUUCGAAUCAUAUGAUGAUGCUUACAAUUAUUAUAAUUGCUAUGCCAAGGAACUCGGAUUCGCUAUCAGGGUGAAAUCUUCUUGGACGAAACGCAACAGCAAAGAGAAGCGUGGUGCGGUGCUCUGUUGCAAUUGUGAGGGUUUCAAAACAAUUAAAGAAGCAAAUACUCGAAGGAAAGAAACUAGAACCGGUUGUCUAGCAAUGAUAAGGUUGAGGCUAGUGGAAUCGAACAGGUGGAGAGUUGAUGAAGUGAAGCUUGAACACAACCAUUCAUUUGAUCCUGAAAGAGUGCAAAAUUCCAAGUCACACAAGAAGAUGGUGACUGGGGAUAAAAGAAAGGUGGAACCAACUGUUGAUGUAGAAGUACGAACAAUCAAGUUGUAUCGAACACCUGUAGCAGAUGCAAUGGGUAAUGGAAGUUCAAAUUCCAAUGACGGAGAAACUAACGACCAUGUCGAUCGGUCCAGGCGCUUGAAGCUAAAAAAUGGAGAUGCGCAACUCAUUUGUGAAUUCUUCUGUCGGGUUCAGUUAACCGAUCCGAAUUUUUUCUAUGUGAUGGAUUUCAAUGAUGAAGGAAAUUUGAGGAAUGUGUUUUGGAUUGAUUCUAGGUCUAGAGCUGCAUACAGUUAUUUUGGUGAUGUGGUUGCAUUUGACACAACAUGCUUGUCAAACAAUUAUGAUACUCCACUCUUUACAUUUGUUGGUGUGAAUCACCAUGGGCAGUCCGUUCUGCUGGGUUGUGGUUUGCUUGCAGAUGAGGGGCUAGAGACAUAUAUUUGGUUUUUUAGGGCAUGGCUGACAUGUAUGUCCGGUCGCCCUCCGCAAACUAUUUUAACAAACCAGUGUAGGACCGUGCAAAGCGCAAUUGCAGAGGUGUUCCCCAGGGCUCACCAUCGAUUUUGUUUGCCGCAUGUCUUUCAAAGCAUUCUUGAAAAUUUGGGAGACUUGCAGGAAUAUGGGGUAUUUCAGACAGUAUUGAGGAGGGUGGUGUAUGAUUCUAUAAAAAUGGAAGAAUUUGAAUUGGCUUGGGAAGAUAUGAUCCAGAGAUUUGGAAUAAGGGAACAUGAGUGGCUUCGAAAUCUGUAUGAAGAUCGAGAGCGUUGGGCUCCAGUAUACUCAAAAGACACAUUUUUUGGUGGGAUGUUCGACUUUGAAAAGGGCGAGUCCGUGAGCCCUUUUUUUGAUGGUUAUGUGUAUCAACAAACUUCUUUGAAAGAAUUUUUGUACAUGUAUGAAUUAGGUCUACAAAAGAAGCAUCAGAAAGAAACUCUUGAUGAUCUCGAGUCAAGAGAUUCAAGCCCCAUUUUGAAAACAAAUUGCUAUUAUGAGUUGCAGCUCUCUAAAUUGUAUACAAAAGAAAUAUUUCAGAAGUUCCAAGAUGAGGUAGUGAUGAUGUCUUCCUGUUUUGGCAUAACACAAGUUCAUGCAAAUGGGCCAGUGGUAACUUUCAUGGUUAAAGAACGUGAGGGAGAGGAGAUUAUGAGGGAUGUCAGAAAUUUUGAAGUUAUGUAUGAUAAAGCAGGAGCAGAAGUCCGCUGCAUUUGCAAUUGCUUUAACUUGAAAGGCUAUCUUUGCCGGCAUGCUUUAUGUGUCCUAAACUAUAAUGGCGUUGAGGAAAUUCCUUUUCAGUACAUAUUGUCAAGGUGGAGGAAGGAUUUUAAGCGUUUCUAUGUGCCAGAUCUUGGCUCCAAUAAUGUUGAUAUUACAAACCCAGUACAGUGGUUUGAUCAUUUGUACAGACGAGCCAUGCAAGUUGUUGAGGAGGGGAUGAUAUCCCAAGAUCAUUAUAUGGUUGCUUGGCAAGCAUUUAAAGAGUCUUUGAAUAAGGUCCGCCUUGUAGCAGAUAAGCAUUUGUAAAUUACAAUAAGACUAAUAACAAUGUUGAUAACUCCUUCUGUCA